CUUCCUCCCCCGCCCAGCUCUCUUUCCAUAUGCCUGUACAACAAGCAACAAUACUCAAGACGCAAUGAACAAGGUCGACCCUCUAGAGCUGCAUACUAGGCAUAUCCCAAUCGUCAUUGUAUCUACCAUGUGCAGUACCCGCAAUCGAGAUCCCCUCUCAGCACCAAUAGCACAAAAUCCAAGACAAUCACGGAGAGUCCAUACACCAUACCAUACCCAAUCCCACUGCAGCAGGAACUCUACUACCAGUAACCACUCAGACUACCAUUCCAUUCGCCAAUCCACCGCCAAGAAUCAUGGCAGCAACUUCAAGGAUCCAAGCCACUGCAUCUAAACCACACCACACCACGCCCGCAUCUCUCCAAUCAACCCCCACAAAGACACAGUCUUUGACUACCACACAGAUCGACAAUGAUAAGCGGGGUCUAGAAAGGCCCCCCUUCCCCUCUCCGCGGAC